AGGUAUGCAGCCAAUAAAACAAGCAUGAGGGAGGUGGCAAGCCUCUUUGAUCUGUCGGAGAGCUCUGUGCACAGAAUCCUUCUAAGGGUGGCUGAUUUUCUCCUCACCAUGGGUCCAUCUGUUGUGACAUUUCCUUCAAAUAUGGAAAAACUGUCCAGUGAAUUUCAGAAGGUGUCUGGAAUCCCUGGGGUUGUUGGCUGUCUAGAUGGCUCCUAUAUCAAAAUACAAUGCCCAGACAACAAGGUCUCUUCCACCUACUGCAACCGGCACCAUUACUUUUCAUUAACCCUUCAAGCAGUCUGUGACUACAAAAGAAGAUUCCUUGACACCUGCAUCGGAAGCUCGAGCAAAAUUCAUGAUUCUCGAAUCUUCAAGCUAUCAUCACUUUCCAAGAAACUGCCAAAACUAUGCGACAACAAUGCAUAUCACCUGCUUGGAGAUGCGGCCUAUCCCCUAAGGCCAUACCUUUUGACGCCUUUCCGAGACUAUGGGGCGUUGUCAAAGGCACACAUAGAUUUUAACAAGAAGUUUUCAGCAACGAGGGUGCUGAUAGAAAAUAGUUUCAGCAACCUAAAGAAAAGGUUCCGGCGACUAAUUUACCUUGAGCUCCGCACUGUAGAGUGGCUGAACAAGUUUAUUAUUGCCUCUUGUAUACUGCAUAACUUAUGCAUUGAGUGUGGUGACUUGGAGCCAGAUGAACCCGAUGAUGAUGCAACACCUCAAGAUGUCCUGUGGCACCCACAUCAUGCACCGAUGACCUGGACGAGACAACCGAAGAAACUUUGCUGCGCAGACUGGGAGAACUAAAGAGGAGCAAGGUGCUGGAAGCAGUGCUGCG